UAUCACGUCUCUUAUUAACUUAACCAUAUAAUUUCCUAUAAUAUAAAAUUUCUCAUUGAUUAGUGAUACAACGUGAUAUUUACCAUAAUAGUCAAUGUCUACUCGCCCUUUUCUAUAAAUCCUUUUUGAGUCUACAUGACUUUGUGCCAUACCAUACCCUACCCAUAACCAGUGUCUCUCCUCUCUCCAAAACUCUGUCUCUAACAUGGGAAACUAUUCAUGCAGCCUUAUCUCCCCUACAAUGAAGAAAUCCAAGGCAGCUAGGGUGAUACUUCCCAGCGGCGAAAUCCGGCAGUUCCGUGAACCCAUGAAGGCAGCGGAGCUCAUGCUUGAGUGCCCAACCUUCUUCUUGGUCAACUCGCGGUCUUUGAACAUUGGCCGCAGGUUUUCGCCUCUUGCCGCUGAUGAAGACUUGGAGUUCGGUAACCUGUACUUCUUGUUUCCUAUGAAGAGAGUGAAUUCCAUAGUCACGGCACCAGAUAUGGCUGUGUUUUUCAUGGCGGCUAACUCACGGACCAAGAAGGUAAAGGGUGGAAACGUGAGGAUAUCACUGCAGUCUGGUCAAGUUGGCGAUUCAAGGUUAAAUUUGGAGGGUGUCGAGGGGUUUCCGGCACCAGAGUUCAAGUAUAGAGUAGCGGUGAGUAGGUCAAAGAAGCCCAUGUUGGAUACAAUCCCAGAAGAGCCUCUUUGUUUGAGCAGGAAAUCUAUGUACCAUGAAUUUUUAUUUCGAAACUCACCUCAAAAGUGAGGUUAGUCAAAAAUUGUUGUCAAUGUUAUAUAGAAGGAAAAUCAUUAGUUGUCUAAUA